CAUUCUUGGAGGGCGGGGCCGAGCGGACGCGCGUCCACCUUCCUUCCGGCGCGUCCCCGAGAGCCGGAGCCAGUGGAGCAGCGUGAGGUCGAUCCUCGUUGCCGUUUCCCGCAGUCUCCUCCCCGCGCCGACAUGCGUCUCCUCCCGCGGGCAUGUCGUCUCUCUGCCGGGCACUGACCGCCGGCCCCGCCGCUGCUCGCGUCCGCGUCCUGGUCCCCCUCAGCCGGGGAAACCGGUGAGCCCGGCCGCUCCUUCCUGUGAUUGCCUCGUUUAUGGUGAGACGCGGCUGAAGAUGGAGACGGUGAUGGAGAGGGAGUGCAGCGCGCUGGGGGGGCUUUUCCAGACCGUCAUUGGAGACAUGAAGGGCAGCUAUCCAGUGUGGGACGACUUCAUCAGCAAAGCCAGCAAGCUGCAGUCACAGCUCAGGACGACGGUCGUCGCGGUAGCAGCCUUCCUGGACGCCUUCCAGAAGGUCGCCGACCUGGCGACCAGCAGUCGAGGAGGAACCAGAGACAUCGGCUCGGCCCUCACCAGGAUGUGCAUGAGGCACCGCGGCAUCGAGGCCAAGCUGCGCCACUUCUCCAUGGUGUUCCUGGACUGUCUGAUCAACCCUCUGCAGGAGCAGACUGAGGAGUGGAAGAGAGUCGCCAACCUUCUGGACAAAGACCACGCCAAAGAGUACAAGAAGGCACGUCAGGAGAUCAAGAAGAGAUCUUCAGACACUCUGAAGCUGCAGAAGAAAGCAAAGAAAGCUGACGUAUUUGGUCGUGGGGACCUCCAGCCUCAGCUGGACAGCGCCAUGCAGGAGGUCAGCGAUAGGUUCCUCCUGCUGGAGGAGACGGAGAAGCAGGCGGUGCGGAAGGCUCUGGUGGAGGAGAGGAGCCGCUUCUGCUGCUUCUCCUCCCUGCUGAAGCCCGUGGUGGAGGAGGAGAUGUCCAUGCUGGGGGAGAUCACUCACCUUCGGACCCUCACCGAGGACCUGAAGACCCUGACGAUGGACCCUCACAAGCUGCCGGCCUCCAGCGAGCAGGUGAUCGUGGACCUGAAGGCCUCUGAGUGCACCUGGUCCUACCAGACUCCGCCCUCGUCACCGAGCACCACCGUAUCCAGGAAGUCCAGCAUGUGCAGCAGCCUGAACAGCGUGAACAGCAGCGACUCUCGCUCCAGUGGCUCUCACUGCCACUCCCCCACCUCCCACUUCCGUUACCGCGCCUCCUCCUCCUCCUCCUCCUCGGUCCUCCCGCAGCAGGCGCCGGCCCGCCUCUCCUCCAUCUCCUCCCACGACUCAGGCUUCAUCUCCCAGGAUGCCUUCCAGUCCAAAUCCCCCUCACCCAUGCCCCCGGAGACCUCACAGUCACCUCACGGUUUUGACCAUCACGCCGUCGGGGGGGCGCUGAAGACCCUGGGCACGUACCUCCACCCUCCAUACUUCACCUACUCCUCCUCCACCACCACCUCCACCUCUCCCAUCUCCUCGCCCUCCUUUUCGUCCGUUUCGCCCUCGUGGCCGUGGGCCCGCUCCGGCCAAUCAGAAGAGCUCCUGCCUCUCAGCCCCCCCGGGCUGGGAGUUCCAUCCUGGAAGGACUGGGCCAGACCAGGACCGUACGACCUGUCCAUGGCCCACACCCUGAAGAGGAGCAGGGACCGCAAGGAGGCAGCCGAUCUGAUGGGGGAGGAGCCUCAGGGGGUCAGAGGUCACCACUCUGCGAUGUCACCAAAGGAGGACAGGGACACCCACGAGGAGUUGGCCCGGGCGCUGGCCAGAGGUCUCCACCUGGACAUCCAGGGCUCCAGCAGAGACUCUCUGCAGGGCUCCAGUGGCUACAGCAGCCAGACCACCACGCCCUGCUGCUCCGAGGACCUGCUGCCCCCCCACGGGUCCGACUGUGACUACUUCUCGGUGGGGGCCGACCCCGAGGCCGACCUGGAGAAGUCUUCCACCAUCCCGAGGAACAGCGACAUCAGCCAGUCGUACCGCCGCAUGUUCCAGUCCAAGCGGCCGGCCUCCACCGCCGGGCUGCCCUCCACGGCCCCCGCCGCCACCCCGGGGGUCGCCACCAUCCGACGGACGCCGUCCUCCAAGCCCAACCUGCGGCGGCCCCCCGGGGGCCUGGGCCCCAUACCGAUCAAGCCCCCCAUGAUCCCGGUCAAGACUCCCACUGUGCCCGAGCACCCGGGUUUCCCCGGCAACGGCGCCCGGACCCCGCCGGGCCCCGCCGCGAGAUCAGGCCCGUGGGAGAGCGAGGGGUCUGACCCGCCGACCCCCCCGCCCCCGCAGCCCGGCGCUCGGGCGUCGGAGCGGGAGCGCCGGCCCCUCCCGGAGCUCCUGGAGGAAGCGGAAUAUGGCGAGGUGGAGGACUUCCUGGUGGCCAUCCGACGCGGCGUCCGGCUGAAGAAGGUGUCGACCAAUGACCGGUCGGCGCCAUGGAUCCACUGAGACGUGGGGGGGGGGCUUGCUGGCGGGUGGCCUCGAGGGGGCGGCGCCCAGAGGCGCUGAUCCAGGAUCAGUUCAGCAUUUAAUUGGUUUGAAGCCUGAAAGAGGAACCGGACAUCGAACUUCUGUCGUUUGGUUUCAGCCAAAAACUAAAAGUGAAAAUGUGACAAACUCUUAGUUUGAAAAUCUCUCUUCUCUGUAGAAGUGAUCCUCAACUCGCCUCCCGGCUUCUGCUCGUCCCACCGAUGACGUGUUUUCAAACCACCAAAUCAAUACCACUAUGUACAUAUUUAUUCUGUUGUGUUUGUCACAUGCCCCCCCCCCCCCCACAUGUCCACUAAUGGUGCCAAAAGCCUGAAUUUAACCUAAAUAUUGAAAUGAAGCUGGAUAUAUAUUUUUUGUGUACAAACAGAGGCUUUUCGAUGGAGAAUAAGGGGGCGUGUUUGUAAUGGCAGCAGAUUGAGGCUCCACUGAUUGGGCCCACAGUAGAUGACAGUGGAUGACAGUGGAUGACAGUGGAUGACAGUAGAUGACAGUAGAUGACAGUGGAUGACAGUAGAUGACAGUUGAUGACAGUAGAUGACAGUAGAUGACAGUGGAUGACAGUGGAUGACAGUAGAUGACAGUAGAUGGCAGUGGAUGACAGUAGAUGACAGUAGAUGACAGUAGAUGACAGUGGAUGACAGUGGAUGACAGUGGAUGACAGUAGAUGACAGUAGAUGACAGUGGAUGACAGUAGAUGACAGUAGAUGACAGUAGAUGACAGUGGAUGACAGUGGAUGACAGUAGAUGACAGUAGAUGACAGUAGAUGACAGUGGAUGACAGUAGAUGACAGUAGAUGACAGUGGAUGACAGUGGAUGACAGUGGAUGACAGUAGAUGACAGUGGAUGACAGUAGAUGACAGUAGAUGACAGUGGAUGACAGUAGAUGACAGUAGAUGACAGUGGAUGACAGUGGAUGACAGUGGAUGACAGUGGAUGACAGUGGAUGACAGUAGAUGACAGUGGAUGACAGUAGAUGACAGUAGAUGACAGUGGAUGACAGUAGAUGACAGUGGAUGAC